GUGAAGGACAUUUGGUGACCUUUCACGACUGGUGACAUGUGGUGGCUAUAAAUCCUCUUUUUGCAUUAAGUUUUAUUCCUUUUCUAGUGAUUUAACUAUCGAUAUUUAUACGAACAAUGUUUCAAAUGUCCAAUUUUUAUACUUUUGCACUUUUUUAAGAAGAAAUUUUGACAAGAUGUAACGACAUAGGACUGCGCAUUUAAUAUGAAAGACGUCUUAUUUAAAAAUGUGGCUCUGAGUGAUGUUUUUCUGUUCGAAUACCUCGUCGAAAAUCUUAUUAUUUGCAUAGGUUUAUGUCGAAUUCAUCAUUAAUUUACACGAGAGUCGUGCUUCCAUUAGACAACAUCUAGUCUUUUGUCUUAAAAUAGGCUUUAUGUCAUCCAAAGUCUGCUAACUACACAUCUGUGACCUUAACUCAAAUAAUUUAAGUCAGUGCACAUGAAAAGCACUAUCAACACAAUCAGGGUCGACAACGUAUGUACUUAUUUAUGUGGAGUGUUGUCUUUUUCCACAGAUGAUUUACGUUCAGUUUUAUAUUCUGAAUUUAUGUACAUUAAGCCUCAUUUUUAUUUUGGAGUUAUUUUAUUUUAUCAUUUCAAAGGCGGAAAAUGCCGGGCUGCUCCCUUUUCCAGAAAAUAGUUCCUUAGCUUUGCUGAUUUCUAAUCCUCUAUGCAUCAAGCCCAAGUCCUCUUUUGUUAAAGCAUAAUGACAUUCAAUCAAUUGUUUAUUUCAACCAUUUAUUUAAGCACAUCAACAUUUGCAAAAGAAGCUACUGAAUAUUUAUUCGCUACACCCCAUCAUCCGAUUUGUGAGGGCCAGAAUACUGCCCGGCAGCCUAAACCAAGUUGGGUGGUAAUUUUUUUGGGUGCCAUACCUCGAACGUUUGACCUAAUAAUAUAAUCCACAAGGCAGUGAGGCAACAUUAAGAUAUGCAUUCCCAUGGUAGCUCUUCAUCCUCACAAUCUCAUAAACAUCCUCGUAUCUAUAAGACAAUCAGUAGGAGUCCCCUUGCAAUUGCUAUAUACGUAAGGCUAUAUGAGAAUUUUGCAAGGGAGGCUGAACCCUCCCUGCUCUCGACUUUACCAGAGGAUUUCGGAGCCAGUUGAUUAGGAUACAGUCAUGUAAAAUUUUACGGUUCACAUAAUACGACCAUUAUUCAGUAUCAUCAUUGAGUGUCCAUGUCACGCACAACCUUGUCGACUUCAUCUUUUACAGCUUAUCGUUAGAAAUUCAGUUUUGUCGUUGUAGUGUAAAUUAGUUAUAAGCACUGGAUUACUACUCAGUGUAGUGUUUAUGGGAUUUAAUGUUGUUGUAACCAUAUAUUUUCUGUUAAAAAGCAUUACACUUAGGUUAAGUAGUUCGUCAAAUAGGUAGGAUUAUUCCUCAUGAUUAUAUCACAAUAAAGAUUUUUCCCAAACAAAUUUAAUUUUAAUUCUUAUGUCACAAUAACCAUCCAUUGAUAAACGUUUCAGUAUUAUCGUAUUCACCUUAAUCCAAAUAACAUUAAAACUGCUAAUAGUGUUUUUCAGUAACCAUUUCGAGAUUUAAAUAACUACCAAUUCACAAAAGUCUGAUGCUAUUCAAAUGAAUGUAGUGACCGGCAACAUCGUAUAUCCAACUAAAUUGUGUCUAGCAUUUACACCUCAGGUUCUGAUGAGUUAAUUUCUUUUUAUUCAUUUAAAAUAGGCAAUGUAAAGUAAACUGUUUUUCAUAUAUGACUAGUUUCGUAUUUUCAGAUGCAAGUGUACAACAAAAAAGAAAAAUAUUUCAAAUACAUUGAAAAACAUUCAACAGUUUUCGGUUUUCUUUUAUAUCUGAUUGGGCUAAUAUGGUUUUGUCUUUUGUCUCAAGAUGAGCUCAACCAUAAAACUUAUAUGAGUGAGAAUGCUCUGCUUAUUGGUCAGGUGAAUGAAAUCUUUGAUGAUGUUUCUUCCUCUAUCGAAUUUUAUGAAGAAUCUAAGAAGGCAUUUAAAUCUAAUGAGAUAUCAAAUACACUGGGCUAAAGAUAUAAUCUUCCUGUUUCCGGAAUAUGAAUAUAUUGGUUUGAUGGCAUGGCUUGAAGCUUACCAUGGGACCAUAAAUUCAGAGAAUCUCUUCUGGUCAGAACUCGAGGGUAGAAGUGGUAGUAUUCAAGCUGGUUUAAGUUUGGAAUUUCCUAAUUUGUACCAGUCAGCAAUUGAUAUAUUGCCUGAAGGUCCUAAUGGUUUAUUAGCCAAUUUAGAUUUAGUCAACACUGUUGUUCGACUAGCUGAAGCUCAUUCUGUGGUAACACGUGUUAAUAGUCAGCCUUAUGAUUAUAGACGGGUUACAUUUGGAACUAGACUAAAUGAUAUGAUGGGGCUAAUGAAGGCAGUAUGGAAUCAAGGAUCGAAUUCUCCAACUGGUUUACAUGGUCCUCUAAUUAAUUACCAAAUUCCUGCUAUUACAUUACGGGCAGAACAAAAGCACCGAUCCACAGUUCCACGUAGUUCAGAAAUCCUUUCAGUUACAAGAUUACUUGAAGGUAUUCUUCGUUCGAUAAAUAAUUUACAAGAAAGAUUUCACCAAUCAUUUUGGUAUUAUUUUCUCCCUAAUCCAUAUCGAUAUAUUUCAAUUGGUGUUUAUAUGCCACCAGUUUUGAUCAUGAUUUUAAGUCUUUUAUUAAAGCCAUUUCUCUUUUGGAUAUUCUUAAAUCAAUCCGAUUCGGAUAAUAGUGAUGAUGAUCAAAUGAUUAUGAAUAAAAAAAUAGACUCAUCUAAAUUAACUAAUUCCAAUUCAUCUCAAUUAGAUAAUCAUCAUAUUGAGAAAUUAGUCGAUGAUAAUGCUCAAUUAAUUAAUAAUGACCAAACAAUUCGUCAGCGUAGUAAAAAACAGUCAAUAAUUGAAAAAAAAUCGAUUGUGAAUGAAAGAAAAAAUGAUCAAAAUGAAAAGCAACUUGAAUCCAAUUUACCGUUAUACUCUAGCGCUAUUCCUCCAGAUAUACUAUGCUUAAUUCUGCGUCUCACUUUAUGCUUUUCUAUGGGAUUCUUACUACAUUCUUCACCCAAGUAUUUAUUUAAGUUAUCCAACUUAUUAUUAGUUGGUAGCCAAUCAAUCGAUUCCACUUUUAAGUUGGUUGAUAUAUUUCUAGUCGGUAUUACUAGUUUAAUAAUUGCCGUAAUGAUUGUUUUACCAAUCCUUAUGUUUAUCUUAAAAAAACUUUUGAAUUUAUAUGAAGCAGAUAAACAAGAUCUUACCGGCCAGUUAUGUCUUUUUAGUUGGGCAUUAUUUUUAAGUUGUUUGACAUGCUUAAAUAUAUCAUCAGCUGUUGUUCUCGGUAUUCCAAUUGUUCCUCUGUUAAACUUACUUGUACAGAGAAAAGAUAAUAUCGAAAUUAAAAAAUCAUUUACAAUGAAACUGGUAAGAUUUUUCACUAUCAUUGGCUGGUUAAUUACAUUUACACCAAUAUUAAUUAUUGUAGUGUGUAUCAUCAAUUCUAACAUUCAACAACAAUAUCCAAUAAGUGUUAAUGCUGUUCGAAAUUGUUAUGAAAAAUGCAUUUUACAAAGUUUAAUUGAAGCAGAUUUAUUUGGUUGUUGGACAUGGCCAGUUAUUACAUGUGUAUAUACAUCGUUAUGGUUAUUAACAUGGUUAGCUAUUUUCUGAAUAAUGAUCAUAAUGUUAAAAGAAUAGAACAUGCAUUAUUUGUUAUUGUUGUUUCAUUUUUCUUAUGUAUAUUUUUCAAUUAUCCAUUUAUCAGUUCAUUUUUGUAUCUAAUAUAUAUGUAUUUGUAAUAAAGUGUAUUCAGUUGAUGUGUUUUUCUUGUUUGUUUAUGAAGUUUCAUCUUAGAUUUUAUAAGUCUCAUCUAAAGAUUAAACUUUUUCGGGUACAUACUCUACAAUACCUUUGUUUUCGUCAACAAUUAGUUCAGCUCAAAAUUUGAUGAAAAUGGAUUUUGUAUAAAUACAGAAAUAUUCUGUAUUAUAUUUAGUCGGAAUUACUUAGCAAAUAAAACUUAUUAUGUAGAUUUGAUAUUCAUUGGCAAUGUUGAUCUAUUACAACUUUCAAAGAUGAUUCCUUAAAAGUGUAAACCACUUGUGUUAAUGAUGACUACUAUUUUGUAAGAUUAGGUCAGUAGUCGCUUAAUGUACUGGUUGACUGUUAUUGAGUUUCAAAUAGAAUGAAACGCCCGUCUUCGAUCCUACUGUUGGUCUCCUUUCACAUGUAAUCGAUAACAUUUAGUCAGCAUUAAAUAUUGAGUAGUUCGACAAUCAUUAUCUUUAAACAAUUAUUCAUAAUGAGGGUUGAUCAUUAAAUGUUAAUCAUCUGCUUGAAAAUCUUUCCUUUUC